ACAUGGCGGCGCCCAGAGAGCUAUCUCACCUCAUGAUCAUCAUGCCGAAUUUGUAAAGUCAUUUAUUAAGUUUUCUGAGUGCGCAACUGCGCAUGUGUUAUUUUCUCCCCCGCUUUGAAGAAGAGCUGCGAUUUAUUUGGGUUUGCGGUUAUGUCACGAUUUGGUCAGUUACCCGGAUGAGCAGUUGAUAGCCUCGGAUGUAAACAACAGAAUAGUUUGCACUGUUAAUGUACUACUGAAUAAGUUGUUCUGCUAAUUCAUGCUGUCUAAACCACAGGAAAACGUGUGGAAGCUGCUAAAUCAUAUAGAGAAGGGCUUAGUUAGGAAAGGGCACAAUAUUUUGACAAAAGUUAAUAGAUGGUAAAGAUACAUACGAGCAGUAUUAAUUAAGAUAUUAGCGUAAUAUUUCACCUACCUGACUGUAAAUGAUAAGAACAAACGAAUGUUGUCAAGAUUUUGCCCUGGAAAUCCUGCUUCAGUUUGGCCAACCAUAAACGCCUUUUAAACAGUUUUUUGCACUCUUCUCCUUGAUUUGUAAUAACUUUUGACAGUCUGUUAUACUCCAAAUGUUUUUCCCGGUCUAACCGAUUAGUACAGCCCAAAACACGACAAUAAUUGACCAUUUCAGCAGCAAUAAUCAGCUUAAUAUGCAACUUUCCUUUGGUUCAGUUCCGUUGUUUUCACUCAGUGCCGCCAAUAUGUCAAUUGAUGACACAUCGUGAAAACACUGUGUUGACAGUAAAUUAUCUUGUUGCUUGGCAAAUCUGUGUUUAAUGCAAUAAUAGCCAAACUAACCCCUUUAAAUGGCCAGGAUUUGUUGUGGGCCUCUGCAAACAUUUGCAGUACUGAUUUCUGUAUUUCUUAUGCUUGUGCAUAAGGACAAGAAUGUUUCAUUUGCCUUUUUACCAUCAGCAGAAUUGCAGCAUAGUUCAAACACCUCAUACAAGAGCAUUCACUUAAGCAAUAAUGUUCCUUUAUCUGCUGAUCCCACUAGUUCUGUCAAAGAUCAGUGUAGUAUAGCCGUGGAGAGCCGUAUCGACUGUGGCCGUGAUCGAUCUUUGAGUCGGGCUGAUUGUGAGGGCAGAGGAUGCUGCUAUGUGCCCCUGCCUCAGUCUGGAUUCAGAGGACCACCAUGGUGUUUCUAUCCAGUCAGUUACCCAGGCUACAAAAUGGGGCCCCUGUUGCCUACAGAGAAGGGCCGGAGAGCCACCCUGACCCGUUCCGCACCCUCAUACCUGCCCCGGGACAUCUCCACACUGCAGCUCGAUGUGAUGGCAGAGACUUUGGGUCGUCUUCACCUCACUCUGAAGGAUCCAGCAUCUCCGAGAUAUGAGGUCCCUUUCAUAACGUCCCAAACCAGGGGUCACAAGGACAUACAAAACCCCCUCUAUGAUGUUGACUUCCAACCAGAUCCAUUUGGAUUUAUUGUAAGGAGAAAAUCCAAUGGCCGUGUUCUUCUGAAUACUACAGUAGGCCCCCUCCUGUUUGCAGAUCAGUAUCUACAGCUCUCCACCAGCUUGGCUUCCUCUGUGAUAUCUGGACUUGGUGAACAUUACACCCCCAUCACGCUGGACCUCAACUGGAGCUCGGUUUCAUUAUGGAACAGAGACAUGGCACCACAUAGAAGUGCCAACCUGUAUGGCUCCCACCCUUUCUUCCUGGUCCAAGAAGGUGAUGGACAGGCACAUGGAGUCUUCCUUCUCAACAGCAAUGCGAUGGAAGUGUUUCUGCAGCCUGGUCCAGCAUUAACGUGGGUGACUGUCGGAGGAAUUCUGGACUUCUACAUCUUCUUAGGCCCAAGUCCUCAGAGUGUGGUUCAACAGUACCAUGAGGUUAUAGGUUAUCCCAUGAUGCCACCCUACUGGUCACUGGGCUUCCACCUCUGUCGCUGGGGUUAUACGUCCACCAACAUAACAAGAACAGUGGUACAGCUAAUGCGCCAGGCCAAGAUCCCUCUAGACGUUCAGUGGAAUGACCUUGACUAUGCAGACCAAAGAAGGGUCUUCACGUUUGAUCCGCAACGGUUUGAAGAUUUGCCCCAAAUGGUUAAAGACUUCCAUCAGCUGGGCAUGAAGUAUGUGCUCAUUCUGGAUCCAGGCAUCAGCAGUGCAAGUCCUCCUGGUUCAUACAAACCCUUUGAUGAAGGGUUGAAGAGAGGAGUUUUCAUCAAAAACUCCACUGGGCAGAUCCUUAUUGGGAAGGUAUGGCCGGGUCCAACUGCAUUCCCAGAUUUCACCAAUCCUACAACACAGGACUGGUGGAUGGACUGUAUCAGAGUCUUUCAUAGCAAGGUACCUGUGGAUGGACUCUGGAUAGACAUGAAUGAGCCGUCAAAUUUUGUGCAGGGCUCUGUGGAUGGAUGUCCUGAAUCUGACUUGGAGAAACCACCUUAUACACCAGUUGUGAUUGGAAGUCAGUUAAACUCAGCAACUCUGUGUAUGUCCGCACAGCAGUAUCUGUCCAAUCAUUACAAUCUGCACAAUCUAUAUGGGCUGACUGAAGCCAUUGCCACCCACAGUGCUUUGUUGAAAGUGAAGAGUACUCGACCAUUUGUCCUGUCCCGGUCGUCUUUUCCAGGACUAGGCCGUUUCUCUGCACACUGGACUGGAGAUGUGCGGAGUGACUGGGAGCAACUGCGCUUUUCAAUACCUGGUGUGCUCCUGUUUGGACUCUAUGGUGUCCCGUUAGUGGGAGCUGAUGUCUGUGGAUUUGGUGGAGACACUACUGAAGAGCUGUGUGUGCGCUGGACACAACUUGGAGCCUUUUACCCCUUUAUGAGAAACCAUAAUGACAAACCCAAUGCGCCCCAAGAGCCAUAUGUAUUUAGCCAGCAAGCCCAGGAUGCCAUGAGGACUGCGAUAACAAUGCAAUAUUCUCUCCUGCCCUUCCUCUACACACUGUUCCAUCACGCACACUCCUCCGGCAGUACCGUGGCCCGUCCUCUCUUCCUUGAGUUUCCCACUGAUCCAAAUUGCCAGUCCAUUGACAGGCAGUUCCUGUGGGGGAGUUCACUGCUUAUCAGUCCUGUUCUGGAAGAGGGAGCGCUGGAGGUGACGGCCUAUCUUCCCCCGGGGACUUGGUACAGUCUGCACAAUGGUGAAGCAUAUUACAGUAAAGGCCAAUACAUUCUGUUCCCUGCUCCUUUAGACACCAUUAAUGUCCACGUGAGAGAGGGGAGCAUCAUCCCACAGCAGCUUCCUGCUUUGACCUCUACAGCAUCUCGCAGAAACCCUUUCGCCCUAAUCGUGGCACUAUCUGAGGGAAACUGGGCUAAAGGAGAUCUCUUUUGGGAUGAUGGAGAAAGUCUGGACACUUUUGAACGUGGAAAUUAUUCAUAUGUUUUCUUCUUUGCUAAAGAGUCUUAUGUGGUCAGUAAGCCAGUCAAAUUAAAUGGAUCGCUCAAUCGUUUGGUUCUUGGAGAAGUACGUGUGUUUGGGGUUCAGACUCCUCCUACAGCUGUGUGGGCCAAUGGGCAAAUAGUUCAUGACUUCUCAUACAGCUCAGACACCAAGGUUCUUACAGUGCCUGGUCUGGAGUUACCCAUGACAGCCAUGAUCACAGUACAGUGGAGCUGAUGGGAAAUCUCUGCUGUAAUACUGUGGUGCAUAUACUCUGUGCUAUUGCAAUUGCAUAUAUGAUGCAUAUUAUCAUUAGCAGCAUGUGUCUGCUGUAUGUUGCAAUUUAAAUGUUGUUGCUGUAAAAUAAAUGUUUAUUUUUAUUAAAUGUUCUUAAUGUUUUAUUGUUGUGUGACAGUGAUAGAAUAAUCAGCAUUUCAUAGAAUAGAAUCAUAGAAUAAUCAGAAUAAUCAGCAUUUCACAUAACCCGUAAGUUUUCUUUAUAUUUUUUU